GCCCAUUCUAACAUAAAACCUCCUGAGAUUUCAGUCCUGGACUCCCACAAAUUGUUCCAACUACGGGACCGGAGACGCUCCUUCAUAUGACUCUGUAAUAGUGUCAAGAAAUCUCCCCCACCCUAGUCCGCCUCAAAAACGUAGUAAUGGCGACUCGCGCCACCCGCCGCAGCUCUCGCCUUGCUCCGAACACCACUCCGACGAAGCAAUCCCCAAAGACGCAAGAAUCAAUUAACCGUCCUGUCAGUUCCCCAAAGCUUACAUCGAAACGUUCUGAACCUACACCAUCGAGUAAUAAAAUCGAUAAUAAAAUCAACGGCGCCCUCGGGGUAGAGCCAUAUAACGGAGCUGACGACGACUACGCCGUUGUGGGAACUGUGGAAAUAGAACAUACGAAAGAGGUUAUGGUAAAGCAAGAGACAGUUGAAAUCUCAAAACGAGGUACGAAAAGAAAGGCGACAGUAUCAAAGUCCCAACAGUACUCUAGUGAAGAGGAACAGGAAGUCGAAGUAAAAACCCGGAAGGAAGAGCGGACGAAAAGGACAAAAGUAAAGGAGGUCACUAUAGAAAUGAAGCCCCUGGCGCCUCGAACUGCGAAUCUGCGGAUGUUUGUCGGAGCGCAUAUUAGCGCUGCGAAAGGAGUCCAUAAUGCAGUCACAAACAGCGUUCACAUCGGGGGAAAUGCCUUUGCCCUGUUUCUAAAAUCACAGAGAAAAUGGGAGAACCCGCCAUUACAAAACGAGCAUCGAGACCAAUUUCGGCAACUUUGCUCAGAUUAUUCCUAUGAUGCUUCGAAAUAUGUUCUUCCUCAUGGCUCGUAUUUGGUGAAUCUGGCGCAAGAAGACCCGACAAAAGCGAAGCAGGCAUACGAUUCCUUUCUUGAUGAUCUGAAACGUUGUGAAGAACUUGGUAUCAAGCUUUAUAAUUUCCACCCGGGAGCAACCAACCAGACUACCCUUGAGUCUUCAUUAUCUCGAUUGGCACAAGCUCUCAUCUCUGCUCUCAAAGCUACGACAACAGUUGUUCCAGUUCUCGAAACAAUGUGCGGCCAUGGAACCACAAUAGGAGGCUCACUAUCGCAUUUCAAAGCACUUCUUGCCCUCAUUCCAGAUACCUACCGCUCUCGCAUUGGGAUAUGCGUGGACACAUGCCACAGUUUUGCGGCCGGGUACGACCUCCGUAGCCCUAGUAGCUGGAAUAAUUUCAUGGAAGAAUUCGAUAAAGAAAUAGGCCUGCAAUACCUACGAGCUUUCCAUUUGAAUGACUCCAAAACGCCACUGGGUAGCCGACGAGAUUUACACGCGAAUAUAGGAACAGGAUUUCUGGGUCUGAGGGCAUUUCAUAACUUGAUGAAUGACAAGAGACUAGAAGGCAUCCCGAUGAUAUUAGAAACUCCCAUUGACCGACCUGCGAAAUCGGACGCAGAGACGGCAACUGGACAACCGGACGACGAAUACGGAGUGUGUAAGGACGAUCAUUCAACCGAAACGACUACCAAGAAGAAAAAUAGCCGUACCAAGAAGGGGCCAGCUAAGAAAGCAAAACCUGGUAAGCCGGUUAUGAUUGAGGAUAAAUCCAUAUGGGCGAAGGAGAUAAAACUUCUCGAGUCGCUUAUUGGAAUGGACACUGAGAGCGAGGAAUUUCUCAGACUGGAGGCGGAAUUGGCCUCGCAGGGGAAAGAGGAAAGAGAGAAACAUCAAGCGAUGUGUGACAAGAAGCGGGAUAAGGAGGGAAAACAGAAGGAUCUACGAGAUAUGUUUGCUGUCAAUGGAAAGGCGAAGGGGAAGGGGAAAGCGAAAGUGAAAGCUAGUCCUACUAGUGUGGGUAAAAGGAAGAAGGCCGAAGAGGAGAGCACUGAUGACUCCGACUAAGUGAAUAUUUAUUCGUAAAAUCGCGGAGAGGCGUGCUCCAAUUUUUGAUGUCAAGAUACCUUUCAUUUUUACGAUAUAUAUUUGGAUCGUUGUCCUUGGUUAUCCAUUCUCAACAAAUGUCUCUCUCUACCUAUGCUUCUGGGGCGCAAUUGGUUAGCGCGUUCGACUGUUAAUCGAGAGUUGGAAGUUCUAGCCUUCCCGGGGGGCGGUUGGAUGGUUUUGACUCUCACCCACCCCCUUUUUUAUUUUUUGAUGUCAUGUUCUGGCUGCUUUCUUCCAUUGUGGAGAAUAAUAGAAUCUAUUCAGAGGUAACUAGGGGAAAUAUUUAAUUGAAGGCGCAGGUUAAGGUGAAGUUCAACCAACGCUUGAGAUAUUGCCGGGUAUAUUCAAGUCAAGUCUUGUCUUUGGAAGGGUGUUCGGUAUAAAAUUAUGGGGCAGGAUUGGGACAAAUGUAUUUCGAGUGGAAUUGAGUUUUCGGGGGGUACAAAGUUCAAUAUGACAGGAAACAGGAAAUCUACUCGAUAUUAGAAACGGAAGCAAGAAAGGCGGUAGAUGAAACAAUGCAAGGCGAGUAGCCACCGGGAAAACAGAAUGGAUACGGAGAGGCUAAGAUAUAUAUGUGCCUUCCCUCCUCCGGCAUUCAUUAUGGAUCCAACCGACCGGCUCCUACUCCUUCAUCUGCUUGCUCGCAGAAACACACCAGUUAUUCCAAUCCGAGAAGAACGACGGCUGGACAUGACACUUCUUGCUGGUAAGCUGCUUCUUGCGCGUCUCGGCAUAAAUAUCGACAAUACCGGACAAACUCUCCUUAUCAUGUGCCACAAGAAUCUUCACCAGCAGCAAACUCGCCUGGCUACAGGACGACGCGUGAGCAGCCGGCGCGCUAUGCGUAGCUUCCUGAUGCACAGCUUUCAAUAGCUCCCAGACCGGCUCCGCAGAUUCAAUGGAGGGGAUGCUAGCCGCUCCCUUGCAUUGUUUGGUAUAUUCUCUGAGCACAUUGCUGGCGCGAGCAGCGAUCUGUUUGGUCCUUGACUUGCGGCUGAGUUGUAAUAGCGGCAUAAGAAGGUCCAGGGCGAGGAUGUUGGAAUGGCACUUCUUCACAUAAAUUUCGAGCAGGUCGAGCACGCGGUUUUUGAAAUUCAGCAUGGUCUCCUUUGCGUCUUUUUGCUCUUUCUUUUUGCUGUAGACUUGUUUACGGGCGCGGAAGACUUUUGCGAUUUGGUCGUCGAGGGCUUCCAUUUCGUCGUCAUCCAUGGAGGCAUCCUCAGAGUCAGAGGUGGCAUCAAUGUCCUUGUCGGCUCGGUGGGUACCUAAUGCUGAAGCAAGCUUCGCUUCGAAGGCCUGCAGUUCAUCAUCGUCUUCCUCUUCCGACUCUUCUGAUUCGUCCUCGCUGUCGUCCUCGGAGGCCUGGCUGAUUACUUCAACAUCAUCCUCGUCUUCGUCAUCAUCAUCAUCAUCAUCAUCGGAGUUUUCAGCAUCAACAUCAACCAUUUCUAUAUCACUGCCAACUUCUUGACUCUCAAACAUUUCCUCUUGGCCAGCGAGCGUGUCCUUAGCUUCAAGCACCUUUUUGGGAAAAGAGAGUCAGCAUAUGUCAAGUAUAUCAAAAAGCAAAUAGAAUGGGGACAAGCAUACAUCAAUCAAAGAUUGAAGACCAGUCGCAGUAACCUGAUCCGCAAAAGCGCCAAACACUUGUUCACUCAUCCGACGGAAUAGUUGCGAUUGUUUCGACGAGAAGCUGAGGAGGAUUUCCACGAGCGCAUCUGACGCCUCGUUUGCCUCGUCACGCUCUGCCUUGUGACCGAGAAAUUUAGAGUAACAGAAUUUUAGCUCGUCAAGCAUCGAAACAGCGUCGGCAUCCCCAUUAUACACUUGCAAUAUCGUCAUCGAGUACAGGAGUUUGAAAGCCUGGAUACUAGAUCCUUCCUUUUUCUCGGCGCGUUUUUCCUUUUUUGGGGUCGGUAAAGUUAGCCAGAAUAUAUCAAACGAGGAGGGUUGAUGUACUGUUUUCUACCUUAGAAGUAAGCUUCUUUAACGUCUUGAAAGCCGCCGCAACAGAUCCCUUAAUGUCUUCACCCAUUUCAAUGACAAAUUUGCCCCAGUCCCCAUCCACAUCCAUUUCAUGGAUCUUGCGAACCACGGCAUAAGGGAUGGCAGCUGGGCUUUUCCGGCCACUGAUGACGAUAUUCAGACAUGACAUCAGUCUAUUACGAAACAAUUCCUGGGUGGCUUCCAUGACAGGAGGUUCUGCUGGCGUUUGUUUGCUUUUGGCGUUUUCGUUAGAUAUAAAAUAAGCAAAGCGAGCCAAGAGGAACAAAACACUCUCGAUUGACGACUGUAGCUCGUCCGAAUCAGUGGCGUUAAUGGCAGCCGCUUGUGUCCUCACAACCGAGAGUAAAUAUGCUUCUUGGUCUUCGUAAUGUGGUCAAAAUUUACCGCACCAGUCGGGCCCAUUAGUCCGUUAAUAGCGGCCACAAUAAACUCCGGCUCUCUCGCUACACGCGCCUGGACGGAUUUCAGUGCUUUGGCAGCUAUCCGGUGAAGAUACCGAUCUUCAACAGCUAGCUGAUUCAUGAAACACCGCAUGAGGUUUUUGGUGAAGACUGUCUCAGCGAGAUGUGGAGGAGCCUCGUUCAUGCUCUUUAUAAAAAGAAGGAAACCCCAGUAUUUACGUUCCUCGGAGGACGCAGCCGCAAAUAAUCCUUCUACUCGACAUUAGUGCAAAUUCCAAAGUGCAUGUUUAAAGGUUAAAACUUACUAUCAACAACCUCAGUCCAAAUAUCAGUGAAACUAGCCUGAGUGGCUUUUGAAUCCUUGGUCUUUGACGAUCCGUUCUGUCCGGGUGGUUGUGUAGAGAGCUUUUGCAAGACAAUGUCCCACGCAAAAUGCAAUUUUGGAUUCCAGACUCCCGAAUUCUGUGCUUUACCAUUCUCCCUCCCAUGUUCAGAUUGUGAUUCGGACGUUUCUUUCAUUAUUUUCGCAAGGGAAGUCUUUUCCCGUACGUGUAGUGGACUACCAUGCUGCCAUACAUCCUCAGGGAAUUUCAUUGUUGCAAAAAGAUCUUUUGCCGCAAUCCAUAUGGCGACACCUUCCGGGGUUUUAGCAAGGCCAUUCUGACAGAGCGAAUCCAAUGCCGCCUCAGCAUAUUUAACAUCAAAUUUGUGAGUCUGAAUUUCUCGUAAAGAACAGAAGACUAUCCAUCCGCACUCUUCACGAAGCCAUGGUUUCUUCUUGGCUAGGUCAAAUAAGGUAUUGAGGAUCUUAAUCCAUUUUUCGAACGGCACCUGGGACUGAAAGAGCACUGAAGAUUUAAUAAGAGCUUCCGCUCCAAAAAGUCGUCCAAAAUGGUGAUCUCUCUCCUCCUAUCAUCAAGGAUUUGACUGCGCUUCC